AUGGGAGGGCUUUCGGACGGGGCGGAUCCCCCCACAUACCACGAAGCAGGGAACGGCUCCCGCGCCGGUACCAGCUGUAAGGUAUUAGACUCAAGAACAACACUCUCUUCCAAACAAGGCCAAGAGUUCGCUAUUUUGUGGCGUCAAUUUGAGACCUUCUUGGUCAGAAGGUUCAUCAACGAACCCGAGCGUUUGAUUUCUUUGAGCAGGAUUAUUGGCCACUACAGAUCACAAAGCAUUCGGGUGGAAGAACUCGCAUUCUUGGUGGGACAUUGUUUUUCUGAUUGUCCUGAGGUUCUGUUGUGCUUUUCUCUUUUCUUACCUGAUGGCAUUGUCCUUGACGGCGGCAGUCCCGCGGCUGCCAUGUGUGCAUUGAUACAGAGUGUGGCGCCAGAUAAGUAUGUCAUCUUUAGUCGAAUUCUGAAGACCUGCGUCAGUCAGACUCAUGACAGGGGUAGCAGAGAUCUGCUCCUGCAGAAGAUGCAAGCCCUUUUCCACGGCCAUCGGCUUGUCACCCGAGGACUGAGAAAAUUGCUCGUGCAGCAAUUUUGCAUGGAGAAAAAUAGUGGGAUCCGGUUUGUUAACAAACCUGUGGAGAUUCUUCGGCCAAAGGAUGAUGACCCGCUACAGUUACAUUCGGUCUAUAACAUGACCUUCCAAGUCGCCCUUCUGGCGGGGGACCGCGGCCGCGCUAUUGCGUUGGCAUCAAAUGUGUUGCAUUUGGCCCGGCUAUACGUCCGGGGGGCGAUAUCAUUCGAGCAAGUUAACGACGAGCUGGAUCGGCUUUGGUGUGGUUACCCGGGAUGGCACCAUGUUCUUCGGCUGAAGGAGUUGUUGUGCUCCAUUGUGCCAGAGGAUUUCGAGAAAAGCCAGCGGGUCACCACGCUCAUGCGCACUCUUACUAGUACGCAAAGUGCGUCGUGGCACUUUUGCGACGCUUCCGAAGGCCUCAAGACCGUGUGUGAGCUUUUCCUUCAAGACCUGGAAAACCGGUCCCCCACUCUGCGCCUCGAGGUUGACCAUUUGGUGAAACGCGCUCUGACGGAGGGAUCCUCAUGCGCACCGUCAGUGCAGCGGUUGGCGUCUUUGCUUGGGAAGCAACCACACAGCUGCGAGAAGCUGGGUGUUCUCACUCGGCUGGCAAUAGACCUCAGCAGCAAGGGCUCUUGCGUCGCCAACAAACGGCCUAGGGGCGACUUCGAAGACGGCUUAUCUGACAUUUUGAAGGAUGAAGACUGCAUCACCAGUAAAAAAGCAAAAACCGACAUGGACAAGGCGUCCACUGCAGCCGCGGUGGCGGCACGGUUCUCAGCUGAGUACUUGCCUACGCUCUUGCAGUCAACCGCGGAGACUCUCGCGCCCUUUAUCGUUCCUGCUCGGUUUCGAAGCCAGCAACUGCUAAUGCAGCUCGUGGGACCGAAAUGGCUCCCUAUGGUUUAUAUGAUCCUUGACGAAUGGAAUGAUGGCCUUUUUACAAAGGAGCAGGCCAUGGAGUCCCUGACGUGCAUUGCCGGAUCUGACUCUAGAGCGCGAAACGUUCUGCGGCCUCUGUUCACAUUACUGGAAAACAAGAAGGGUGCCAGGAAGCGUCACAUGACCGGUUCUUUGAGCCGCCAGCUGUUCGACAUGUGGGAGAGACGAGGAUCGUCAUAUCGGCGGCUGCCUCCCGACUGGCCUUUGCUGGAAUGUGGCGGCCGCGACGCGCUCUGCUGGGAAGUCUUCAACGACAGCUGGGCGUCCAUUCCAGAUAGUUCUGAGAGCCAGGCGCGGUAUACGAACCGGCACGAGGAGCAGCUGCUUCUCUUGGAAGACACGCGGUACGAGUGGGAUUUGCGUAUUGGAAGGCUGGAGGCGACCCUCAGACGGCUUGAAAAUAUCACCGAGCAGCUGACGACGAUCGAUCCGGAGAGGCGCCGGUUCGCGACGAUUCGCGUUAGCACCUUCAGUCAGCUGGACGUGACAAUUCUCAGGACUAUCUUCGGGCAGAACGCUGAACAGGUUGUGUCGUGCGUCUGCCUGUCCCCCCUGACGUCAAUCCCGAUCGUCCACGACACGCUCGUGACGAAGCUCAAGCAGUGGCGCGCCAUGCGAUAUUUCCUUCAGCUUGGGUGGGCGCAGCAGGAGGCCCCCCACUGGGCUGGGGCGAUUGACUUUAAAAAACGUUUUAUUGGCCGCCCAGGACCUGAGGAAGACGGCGGACAUCCGGAGCACCCGAGUAUGCGGCCGUCGGGACGGCCCAUUGACCGCAUGAACGCGCUGAUUCGCACUGCCACCGUUCCUCCCCACUCCAGUGAAGCGAAGCUUGCAUCUCGCUGA